UUUAUAUGAAAUGUGAACUUAAUUAAGAAAACUAUCUUUAAAAAACAAAAAAACAAAAAAACCCACACUCACACUCAUACGACACAGCACAAAACUAGCUAAUGAGUGAUCAACAAUAUUACAUUCUUUGAGUUUGAGGUUAAAUCCUUUCCACCAAGAGAAAAUAGAUAUUCGCAUUUGUUAAAAUAUGAAAAAAUGUCCUGAAUUUUUCAAAGGCCGUCCAACAAAAUUGAGUGAAAGAUGAAACAAAAAACAAGCGGGACGAGGAAGACAGAGGUAAGCAAAGUGUACACAUAAAGGCAGGCGGAUGAAAGCAAACAGCAGCUCAUUGAAACCCGUCAUCCAUAUUAUCAGUUAUUUAUCAUAUCUGAUAUCUAUAAAGAAAGGUAUAAAGAUUCUUUCUCUUCUUUAAUUGGAGCAAAGAUUCCCCUCUCAAGCAAACAAUCCAAGAAAGAAAGAAGAAGGAUUAGGUGCAGAGCUGGUAUUGGGGGAUUGAGAUUUAUACAGCAACCCUCCAUUUCCUCGUGUUUGCUGAGACUAGAGGCCUCUCGCCCCCCCCAAAAUGGACGACGAUGUUGUACAGCGAGUCUUCCAAGAAGGAGGCCGCGACUAUUUCCAACAGCAACCCUCAACUUCCUCUUCCUCUUCCUCUAUUCUCCAGUCACUUCCUCUCCAUGUGUCUUUUGAUCACGGGUAUUAUUUGCUAGUAAAAUCUAUCCAAGAACUUAGAGAGAAAAAAGAGGGCAUUGUAACAGUUGGCAUUGGCGGUCCAAGUGGUUCUGGUAAAUCAAGCUUAGCAGAAAAGGUGGCAUCUGUUAUUGGUUGUACUGUUGUAUCAAUGGAGAACUAUCGUGAUGGAUUUGAUGAAGGGAAUGAUCUGGGUUCAAUAGAUUUUGAUAUGCUGGUCAGAAAUCUUGAGGAUUUGACAAAGGGUGAAGAUACAUUGAUUCCAGUAUUUGACUAUCAACAAAAGAAACGUGUUGGUUCAAAAACAAUAAAGAGUGCUUCAUCUGGGGUGGUAAUAGUUGAUGGCACCUAUGCUUUGCAUGCAAAAUUGCGCUCUUUGCUAGAUAUUCGAGUUGCAGUGGUUGGCGGUGUUCAUUUUAGCCUUCUUUCCAAAGUUCGAUAUGAUAUCGGAGAUUCUUGUUCACUGGAUUACCUUAUUGACAGCAUUUUCCCAUUGUUUAGGAAGCACAUUGAACCAGACCUUCAUCAUGCACAGAUUAGGAUUAACAACAGCUUUGUCUCAUCAUUUAGGGAGGCAAUCUACAAGCUGAAAUGCAAGAGUGAGGUCUGUAUUUCUAUAGCAACUAAAAGUUCUACACAAUUUAUUUCUCUCAGUUUCAUUGAGAUGUACCUUAGGCCUCCUUCAGCAAGUGAAGAAGCACGGAUAAAUGAUUGGAUCAAGGUGCGCCAAUCGGGUAUAAGAUAUUAUCUGUCACUUGGGGACCAGAGGAUUGUCGACAAAAAUUUCAUUAUCAGGCCAAAAGCUGAAUUUGAGGUUGGAAGGAUGACUUUAGGUGGGUUACUGGCUUUGGGAUAUGCUGUGGUUGUUAGUUACAAACGAGCAUCUAAAUCGGUUGAUAAUGGAAAUGUUUCAUUGUCGCUUGAAACCAUUGAUACCCUUGGUGAGACAUUCAUGGUGCUGAGGGGCACAAAUAGAAAAACAGUUGGAACUGAAGCAUUGAAGAUGGGUAUUAAUGAGCCUUGGAUCACUAAAUCAUAUCUGGAAUUGAUUCUUGAGAGAAAAGGUGUACCUCGCCUCAAUACACCACCCCUUUUGCCAAAUACAUCUCUGACCACUAGUCAGGACAGAAUGAUUGCUGCACCAAGACCAAUUCGCGUUCCUCCUAACCUUGUUACUCGGCUUGAGGAUCUAUCUCAGCCAUGGACUAGAUCUCCAACAAAAUCUAAGAUGGAACCUAUAGUAGCAACAUGGCAUUUCAUCUCAUCGGAUCCUCCUCAAGCUGAUAGCUCAACCAUAGAUCCUUCCUCUUUCAGGGACACCGUGAAACUUGCUCCAAUGCCUGAUUCGUAUGACUUGGAUAGAGGAUUGCUUCUUGCUGUGCAAGCAAUACAGGCACUGUUGGAGAAUAAAGGUUUUCCAGUUAUAGUUGGAAUUGGAGGUCCAAGUGGUUCCGGAAAAACUAGUUUGGCUCAUAAAAUGGCAAACAUAGUUGGUUGUGAAGUUGUUUCCCUUGAAAGCUAUUAUAAAUCUGAACAAGUAAAGGAUUUCAAGUAUGACGACUUCAGCUCGCUGGAUCUAUCUUUGCUUUCAAAAAACAUUGAUGACAUAAGGAAUGGUCAAAGAACAAAAGUACCCAUAUUUGAUUUGGAAACUGGUGUUCAGAGUGGCUUCAAGGAACUUGAAGUUUCUGAAGACUGUGGAGUGAUUAUUUUUGAAGGAGUUUAUGCUUUGCAUCCGGAUAUCCGAAAAUCACUUGACUUGUGGAUUGCUGUUGUUGGAGGUGUUCAUUCACAUCUCAUUUCUAGAGUUCAAAGGGACAAAAGUAGAGUGGGGUGUUUUAUGUCCCAGAAUGAGAUCAUGAUGACAGUGUUUCCAAUGUUCCAGCAGUUCAUUGAACCUCAUCUUGUUCACGCACAUCUCAAAAUUCGAAAUGACUUUGAUCCCGUGCUUUCCCCCGAGAGUUCAUUGUUUGUAUUGAAGAGUAACAAGCAAGUGGCUUAUCAAGAUAUUUUGAAAAUACUGGAUCCUGCAAAGUUCUGCAGUUCUGUCCAGAAUUUCAUUGAUAUAUACUUGAAGCUUCCUGGACUUCCUACUAAUGGGCAGUUAACAGAGGGUGACUGCAUUCGGGUCAGAAUAUGUGAGGGCAGAUUCGCGUUGCUGAUACGGGAGCCUAUAAGAGAAGGAAACUUCAUCAUCCAACCUAAAGUGGAUUUUGAUAUUAGCAUUAGUACAGUUGCUGGGCUUCUUAACCUUGGGUAUCAAGCUGUAGCUUAUAUUGAAGCGUCUGCUUUCAUCUAUCAAGAUGGAAAGAUUUUGAUUGAGGUUGAUCAUCUACAAGAUGCCCCGAACCCUUACCUGCAAAUCAAGGGGGUUGAUAAAGAUGCUGUAGCAGCUGCAGGAUCAAUGCUUAAAUUGGAUGGUUCAUAUACUACAAAGAGCUAUCUUCAAAUAGUGCUGGAAAGAUUGCCAGCAUCGGGAAGAGGCUCAGGUGGAAUUCACACACAGCAAGCUGCAAGGUUGCAGGAACUUGUGGAAUUUAUUCAAUCUCAGGGCAGCAGUUCAGCUUCUGAGUCGUCACCAAUUAGAGAAGUUUCUCCGGUUGAAGGGGUUAUCGAAGACAUGCAGUCAAGGAUUAGAAGACUUGAGCGGUGGCAUACAAUCAAUACGGUACUAUGGACAUUUUUGAUGUCUGCGCUUGUUGGUUAUUCGCUCUACCAAAGGAAGCGUCAGUGAUGCCGUCCCAGUUGUUUUCUGUUUACCAUUGCAAGAAAGAGACUUUCUUGUUGCAUUGAUCAUAUCAUCAUUUUUACUGCGGCUGAUCUCCUUCCGCAGGUUCAAGUCAAUUGCUGAAUAUACAGAGUCAAAACAGUAACUUCCUAACUACAGUCACAGUUGAAUUUUAUGUGACUCACAACAAUGAUACGCACAACUUGAGAGCCAUUUAUUGUAUCAAAGUGAUCCUUCUCUUAAACUAUGGUGAGAAGAAAGAAAAUGAAAAGUACAUACAGGCUGAGACUCAGAGAAGAAUACACUCGCUCCUCCUCCCUCCAUGUAUUUUUUUUCUUUUUUUUUUCAGAAGUUAUAAUUUACUCAAUGAAAGAUUCUUGAUGAGUUGUUUGCUGCUCU